UAUUUUUUGCUCGGAAUUUGUAAAAAAAAAAAAAAAAAAAAAAAAAAGAGAGAGAGAGAGAGAGAAAAAAAAGAAGAAGAGAAAAAAAGAAAAACAGUGAGCAACUGUGAAUUGGGAUUACAUGGGUCGUUAUGGUUGUCGGAAUACGCUUGAAUGCUACAGGGUUUAGCAGAACAGAGACCAAAGCAACGGCUGGAUAGCUGUGGACCUGGAGCGGGACAUCCCUCAGUUUUGCUGGGACACUCCAGAAUCAAGCUCUCCAUCUUCAGCUAAACCCCUACUCCGAUGUGUUCGACACAAAUAAAUCUGUGGUAGUCACCUUGAAAGUUAAGGAUCUGCCUCAUACUGGGAGAAAUUCAGUCAGGUUUUACCGGCAGUCUGUGUGCUUCUAACCCACCAGCAUGUACAUUGGACAGUGGAUACCCUAGCCAAAACGGAUCCUGGCUUCCCAAAGAUGACAAGGUGCUGGCAGGCCACAGCAACAAAAUGAUGGGAGGCAGUGAUACUGUCAGUGGGGACAAGGAUGGGGUCCACAAUGCUGCAAUACAUGUCCCUAUUGGCUGGCAGAGGAGAGUGGAAGGAGGGCAGGUGAUCUACGUCAGUCCCAGUGGCACUGCCCUGUCCACACUGGAUGAGGUCAAGACCUAUCUGUUGACUGAUGGUACCUGCAAAUGUGGUCUGGAAUGCCCGCUGAUCAUCCAUAAGGUUUUCAACUUCAGUGUGGGUGUUAGGGUGGAACAAUACAGUCAGCUGUUGGGUAAAACAGAGCAGGACAUGACCAAACUGUGCAAUCACCGCAGGAAAGUGGUGGCAAUGGCCGCUCUUUGCCGGAGUAUGCAGGCCUCACACCUUCCAUUUGCCAACUUUCAUCAUCCAGAUGUGAGUCGUGGGGACAGAGAUCCAAAAGGGGAACCUGUGGAGCAUAAAGAAGAGGAACGUGGAAUUUGUUAUCCAAAAUUCCAUCCAGUUCCAGCUCGACUCCACAACAAUCUCCAACCAAACCCCUGUGUCAGCCCCAAAUCCUCCCACCAGUUUAUUUAUCCUUACAAUGGUUCCUCACCUGUGCUCCACACUGGCACAAACUCCCACCAUCCCCUAGAUGCUUUAAGAAGACUUCAUCAUCCACCUCCCCCAACAUCUUCCACCUCUUCCUGCAGCUCCUCAUUUCCAGCCCACAGCACUGCCCAGAGAUCUCCUCGCACCCCCACACCUCAGAACAUCAGUCAAGGUCAAAGAACACCCAAAACCCCAGAGACUCCCAGUUCUCCUCGGCUAGGACCCUUGUCAUCACCUCCUCCCUCUUCCCCAAUGACCCUUGGUGGAGGAGCAAGAGGAGCACAGACUCAUACACAUUAUCCUCAUGGUGUUGUGGGAGCCCCUCCUCUUUCUCCAUCUCCCUCCCUCUCUCCCUCUGUCCACAACAUGUGUGUGUCUCCUCACCAGCAGUCUCGCCACCCGUCAGCCUCUCCCUCCUCUAUAUCUGAGCAUGGAGGAGGCUCAACAGCAGAAGGAGGAGGACUGAUGGGAAGUAGCUUGCCUCAGAGGAGGAAGUCUGCUUCUUCCUCUCCACACUCCCCAGUCCCUGGUGGUUCCCCGAACCCCAGCCCCCACUUCCCCAAGUACAAGCUGGAAGACAUCUUGGAGCAGUUUAAGAACUCAGGCAACAGCAGCACUAAUAAUCACCAUCUCCUAAACCCUAAAAAUCCCUCCUCACUGACCAACCAAAGCAGUAGUAACCCUUAUGCUGUUUCCUCAAAGCCCUCAAAGAGCAUCAUGACUCCAAAUGUCAGUGCAGGGCCACCAGGUUUUGGGUUGAACUCUGCUGGGUCUUCUAGUUUACCUCUGGGGCCAUUGCUGAACCACCAUUAUAGCCAUCAGGGCAAGCUGCCACACCCAACUUCUUUCCCUGCUAGUAGUCUGCUCUCUGCAGCUGCCAAGGCUCAGCUGGCUAACCAGACAGAUCAAGGCCAGAGCUCAAAUGUGACCAGCAACACAGGGAGCUUGCCCUCUUCUCUGAAUAUCUUGAAAGAGGCACAGCAGCAACAAAAGGUAACAAACAGCACUUUACGUAACAGCCACUCUCCCUCCUCCAUCACUUCUGCUAGGCUUCCCCAUCCUUCCCUUCCAGCAGCUUCUGGUGUUCUUUUCCCUUCAUCCCACACUCUGGCCAAGUCCCUGGUUUCCUCCUCGCCUCACCUGCCUCCCACAGCAGAACGCAGUGCAUUGCACAGGAAGAGACAACGACGAUCUCCCACAGUCCUCAGCAUGCUAAGAGACACUCAACAGCUGGCUAAUGGUUCACGAAAGACCCCACCAGAAGAAGCUAUUUCUGCUGCAGUUAUCAACUUCUCCUCUUCAUUCCCCUCUUCCUCACAAUGCUCCUCUACCUCAGCUGUGCAGAACCAGAGCACUAUCACAUUGGAAAACCAUCAUCAAAACCUUCCCACGCAGAUGCUCAGACUCCCCGCUCCUCGACCAACAGCACACCUUUCAAGGCCUCCUCGGCCAAAUGAGGCUCUAGAUUUCACUACAGGUCUGACACCCACACUUCUUGGAUUGGAUCCCCCAACCCAGCCUCUGUCUGCUCUGUUACACCUGCUCAGUGUGCAAAAUGCGCAGGCCACUGCCUCAGCCUUAGCUCAGACCAGAACAUCGUUUGUUGAAGGUGGUGGACACACUAAUAAACAGCCACCGUCUUCUCUGGCCCCUUGUUCUAAUGACAGGCACCCACAGACUCAGAGUCUAUGCCGAACAGAUAACACUAAUCCUCAGCCUUUGGUCCAACACCCACUUUCUUCCCCUCCCAACUCCUCUCAUUUCACAUCGUUACAGUUGCAGUCUCCCCCUCAGUCUACUAAAUCAAGUUCACUUAAAAGAGAUUCUCCUUUUACAGUGCAACAUCAACCAACUGAUAAUCACAUUCCUACAAUGGACUCUGUGUCCCAGAUGUCUUUACAGGUAACCUCUCCACAGAGAACUGUGGUAGUGGAGAGUGGUAGUAACAACACAUCUUUGUCUGUAGACCUCAGUCAUUCUCAAGGCAGCGUUUCUAUAGGGAUACCCUCUUCUCCAAAGCCUCUGGAUCUUAGCAACCAUGUCCUGGCCCUUAUUGCAACAUCCUCCACUGUGACCCAGGGGGAGGGUAACUCCACUAACCAUGCCACUGAUGUUGAGAUGUCUUCCCCAGAAAAUCAAACAACAGGAGCCGAGGAGCCUGGAUAUUUGGACCUGAAGGUCUCAACACUGACCAAACCUCCGGCAGUCUCUAAUCCCACAAUUCCUGUCUCCUCCCACCAUGAAGAGAAUCACAGCCAUCAUGCCCCUUCAGUUGUGGGUGACUCAACUUCUCCUUUACCUCUGGCAGAGGCCUUCCCCUUCAUGAACCAAGAGCAACUGCUUCAGCUGCUGUCAUCCACAGGAGGUCUACCAUCUCUCCUGGACCCCACAGUCUUGGCUUCACUGCCCUUAGGGGGGCUUUGGUUGGGAGGCCAACAAGCACCUAUGCUUCCUGCCUCAGUUACACCACAACCACCACAGAAUCUUGCAGAGCAGCACCAGUCAGAGCCGCAGUUACUGAUACAAGACACACAGCAACAAAACCAAGAUCAACAACAGAAGCAACAGAUUAACAACAAUCCUCUAUUUCCCUUGUUGCCCCUGCUGAGUGGUGCUCAAGGAGAGCUACCCCUGAACCUCUUGGGUCUGUUGAAUCUGCUUCCGUCUUCUGCAGGACAGGAACCUGAUUUAACAGAAAAAACAAGUCUUCAGUCUUUGCUUAUGGCCUCUGUGUUAGUUGGGCAACAGCAAGCCUCACUGUUACCUCUGUCUUCGCUUGGUCAAGUCAGCUUGGAAGUUCCUAUUCCCCAGUCACAACAGAUCCCAACCACUUUGGAGGGCCUUACUCUGGAUAAGACCUCUGGUCUCUUGGAUCCAUCCAACCUCACUGGCCCAGGGCUCUUAGAAAUCGCCCAGGGUCUUCUUCCCAUUACUGCAGGAGCUGAGGGCCCUCUCCAAGCACUACAGUCUCUGCUUCUUCCCACCACUCUUCCUCCUCCCCCCGCAGCUUUCCUGCCCCUCAGCCCUGCCUUGCUCACUGCUGCCCUGAGCUCUGCAGAGCUCCACCCUCCUCCCAACACCCAGUUAGCUCCUGCACAGCAAACCCAACAUACCCAACCUCAGGUACACACUGAUGCUGGUGUUGACACCCUCAUCCCUGUAUCUAUUCAAGGCAAGGACAACCACAUACUUCAGCAGUUACUGCCCACUUUGCUUAACCCUUCUAUAUUAGGAGAUCUUCCUGGCGUCGCAGGCCUCCAUAACAUGGUAGGAAUUGGUGCAGGUUCUAUUCUCCUAUCCCCAGUCCAGGCUUCUGCUUUGGGAAUGUCUCUCCUCCAAGGCCCUGAUGGCCACAUCAACCUACUUAACAACAUACAGCUAAAUCUUGCACCACCUUCAGAUGGAGAGAAGCCAGAGUCAUUACAGGAAACACAAAGCCCUGCUUCACAGGAAGACAUACCAUCUAGUGAAGUUGCUCCCGAAGUAGUCCCAAGUCCUUUUUCAGCUCCAGCUCAAUCUCCUGCCCAAGAAUCAGCUCCACCCACUAACAGAGGAUUUGAGGGCAAGUCUGUCAUCGAUCCCUACACUUCUUUCAUGGACACCAUUUAUACCUCGUUCCUCCAAGUCAGUGCUAAAGAGCACGAAGAUGGGGCUCAGCUGGGGCCAUCUGACCCUUCUUCACCCUUCUGUGCCUUACCGCCAGUUUCUUUCCCCAUAGAGCAUCAUACCCCAUCCACUAGUGUCCCAACUUUGCCCCAGGCAAAUGCCCCAGUGUCACUGAGCCCACGUCGAGCUUGUUCCCUCCGUAACCCUGACUUGUCUAGACUUUGCUUGGAAGCAGCAGCCCAUUCCCCUGCUCAGGGAACUCCCAAACCUACAGAGGAUGGGCCUAUGUCACCCUUACAACAAAAACCAGUUACAGAGGGACAUACCCACCUAGAGCCUCCUUUGCCACCGAUAUACUUGGAGGAGGCAAAGACAGACUACAGUGGUCCUGCUACUGCUGUGUGUCCCUUUCUGAAAGCAGGGGUGGACAGGCAGGGGCAUCUUCCCCAUGCAGGAUACCUCAGUCCUGGGGAUAAAUGCAGCGGAAGGCCCAGUGAGGAGACAGAAACAUUGCUGCACAGCAGACAGUUACUGGAUCAAGCAGGACCAGCAGGAGGAGCCAGAAGAGGAAGAAAAAGAAAACAAACGCUACAGAAUGUGUUAGAAGACUUCAGAGACAUGGAUGCUACAGCACUAGAGGAAACCAAGGCUACAACAGCACUCCUGAAGCCUGAGAGGUCAGUGCGAGGCAGGCGGCGACGAGGCACCAGGUCUCAGAGGCAGUGAUUGGUGGAGGAUUGGUGGCCAGACACCUCUCUGUACCAUCCCUCCAUCCUCAUCACUACUGUUUAUACCUUUGAAAGAAAAUCAACUGCACUAAUAUAACGCUGUUAUGUCAACAUGGCAGCCACUGUGGAGAAAUAAAAGCAUAGGAGAAGUAUAGUCUGAUGACUUUAUUUUUUAAAAAUAAGUGGGGAAAAAGACAUUUUUGUGGAUACUUUUUCACUAGGUUUUCUUAGGUCACAAAAUAAUGUCUGGAAAUUGUGAUCAAAGAUCUUUCAAUUAGGUUUUAGAAUUAUAUAAAUGAAAAACAAGAAUAACAAACAAGUACUGUUUUCCUCUCAUUGUGUUACUGUGAGUCAGGAUAAAGCCCGUCUACUUGAACGACGAUCUCUGUUGAAAGUGUGUCUGACCUUUUUUUUUGGGGGGGGGGGGCCUUUAGUGUGUUUGAGUGUGUGUUGGACAACAGUGCUGUUGCUGAGCCCCUAUUGUCUGAGGGUCUUUUUUUUUCUUUUAUAAAAGGAGAACUCAGUGUCUUUGCCAUUGUACUUUUCAGACAAUGGUUGUAUUUCAAAGAGACAUUUGUAAGGUUUUCAGAAAGUGCUGAAAGAAGGUAUGAGGAGAAGGUAUGUUUUUAUUUUUAUUUUUCUUUAAGAAUGAAAUAACCUCAAAAUUGGACAAGCCAAGAAAAUAAUCUGGUUUAUACAAUCAGGUUUCUUUGGCAGUUUACAUCAACAACUAAUCACACAGAAAAUAAGUUUUUCAUUGGAUAUGAUUCCUCAUGUCUUGUGAAAAGUGUUUUGCUAGUUUUUAGAAAAACAUGAACUUGGAAGUCCUUUCGUACAACUCUUUGAUUCAUGUUACACUAUUCCAGGGUUUAAAACAGAUCUGUAACAUCUUUCUGAAGUGACUGACAAAAUUUCAGAUCCAACAAAUUUGGAGCAUCUCGUGAAAUGUUGAGCAUCAUUUGUGGCAUUUUUGACAACCCAGUUACAUUUCACAAAGUGUGUUAUUUGUCUCUGUAAAGAGUUAUGUGUUGCUAUGGUGUGAUGGAGAAUAUUUAAAAAAACAAUAAGACCUACACCCUUACUCCUCACCCUCCAGCCACAAGAUGAAAUCUAGAGAAAGCAUUUGACUUUGAAUUAGAACAUUUGCAGGAACCUUGAGUUUAAAGGGAGUACUGUAUGUCCUGUUGGUUGGUGGAACGGAUGGUGGGGAUACUUGUACACACAGAGUUAUGAUGUCUUAUGUGGAUCUGUAGAGUCCGUGCAUUAUAGUGGAUUUGGAGUGAUAUCCUCCCUCUAUCUCCUUAUAUCACUGUUUGAGCUCUUCUCCACUCACUGCCCUUCCCCAGGAGUACUGGCAUCUCUAGCUGUAUUUAAAAUUAAAACAUAAAAUCAUGAAAACUGAAAAAAGAAAGCAGAUUAUGCAAUUUCUACACUUGGAAAUUUGUAUAUAUGUACAGUUAAUGUGUUUGAUUUUAUAUUGUCGGAGAGAGACGAGAGAAAACAAUUGUGAAUUUUUCUUGGAAUUGUAAUUAUUUUUCUCAUUCUACCCUUUGCUUUCAAUACUUAUGUUGAAAAAGACAAUUUAAAUGUGGACUGUAGCUUUCUUUUUUAUAUGGGAGUCAUUUUUUAUUUAAUAUUAAACUAUUUACACAAAA